GGCGGCCGGAAGUGCUUGCGGUUGUGAUGGCGCCGGAGAAGCCUUUGCGCCUGUUGGCCUGUGGAGAUGUGGAAGGAAAAUUUGGAGUUUUAUAUUCCAGGGUUCAAGCUGUUCAGAAGAAAAGUGGAGCAUUUGAUUUCCUUGUAUGUGUGGGAAACUUUUUUGGCUCUGCUCAAGAUUCAGAAUGGAAAGAUUAUCAAACAGGAGCAAAAAAAGCUCCUAUACAGACAUACGUGUUGGGUGCCAAUAAUGAUGAAACAGUGCGUUGUUUUCCUGAUGUCAGCGGAUGUGAACUAGCUGAGAACAUCACUUAUCUAGGACGCAAAGGUGUCUUCAGUGGAGCUUCAGGACUUCAGAUUGCUUAUCUCAGUGGAAUUGAAUCCACAGAAGAUCCAGCUCCUGCACAUUGUUUUAGUACUAAGGAUGUGAUUGAUCUCAAGACUUCCUUGCAAUCAACCUCAAAAUUCAAAGGUGUGGACAUCUUGCUCACCUCUUGUUGGCCCAAGGGGGUAGAGGCCUUUGGCAACAGCUCCGUAAGUAGUACAUUGGAAAUGAAAAGGAAUUUUACGAUAGGAUUUAUGUCUUCCCCAAAGACUCAUAGUCUGCAGGUGGAAUGUACCAGAGUGGCAGUGAAUAUAACUCUGAUUUUUAACAUGAACUUAGUAGAAAAAGCUGACUGUAAAGAAUGA